AAGUGGUGCGGCCAUAAAUCCCGGAGCUUCGCAGCAGCAGCGGCAGCCACAGCGAGGACUGCGGUGGUAAACAAACGGCAGAGCGGCCGUCCCGUCCCCCGCUGAACUCAUCCGUCGGCACCGCUUGACUUCCAGCAAACUUGACCUUGUUCGCGGACUCUUCUCCGGAUUCGACCCGCCUCCGAAAGCCCGGACCUCGGCUGCUAAAGACGCCGCGGCCCGUCCCCUCCCUCCCCGCCUCCCCGCCUCCCUGCCCUCUGAGUCGGCUUAUGUGACACAUUAACGUCCCCGGGGGGCGAGACGAGCGAACCAUGACGGAGCUGAGGAAGCGCGGCGGGGGCGGCGGAGACCCCGACACCGCCGACAACAUCAGCGACAAGGAAGCCGAGAGCGACGACAGGCUGGGCCUGCCAGGCGACGGCGAGGGAGAAGGUGACGUUGACUCCAAAACAGACGCUCCAGAUGUUCCUGUCUCCACAGCAGACACAGACAACACUCCAGAAUGUCUGAAUAAAGCUCUGAAGGGGCUUCCACCCAGAAAGCGGAGACACAGCGGACACACAGCGCUUCAGCAGAGAGGACGAGCCGCCCGAUGGAAGAACUACUGGAUACGAGGACUUCUGUCCAUCUGCAUGAUCUCGGGCUUUUUCCUCAUCAUCUAUAUGGGACCCAUCACUCUCAUCUUUGUGGUCAUGUGUGUGCAAAUCAAGUGUUUCCAUGAAAUCAUCACCAUCGGCUACAGAGUUUAUCGCUCCUAUGAGCUGCCUUGGUUCAGGACUCUGAGUUGGUACUUCCUGAUUUGUGUAAACUACUUCUUCUAUGGUGAAACGGUAGCGGAUUACUUUGGAGCGUUGGUGCGGAGGGAGGUGCCUCUGCAGUUCCUGGCUCGUUAUCACCGCUUCAUUUCCUUCACUUUGUACCUCGCAGGUUUCUGCAUGUUUGUGCUGAGUUUAGUGAAGAAACAUUACCGCCUGCAGUUUUACAUGUUUGCUUGGACCCAUGUGACCCUGUUGAUUGUGGUAACCCAGUCCCACCUUGUCAUUCAGAACCUGUUUGAAGGAAUGAUCUGGUUCAUCGUUCCCAUUUCCAUUGUGAUCUGCAAUGACAUCAUGGCGUAUCUGUUUGGAUUCUUCUUUGGGAGAACUCCUCUGAUCAAGCUCUCGCCCAAGAAGACGUGGGAAGGCUUCAUCGGCGGUUUCUUCCCCACGGUAGUCUUUGGUUUCCUGCUGGCCUACCUCCUGUCGCAGUUCCAGUACUUCGUGUGUCCCGUGGAGUUCAACAGCGACACCAACAGGUUCAUGGUGGAGUGCGAGCCGUCUGACCUGUUCGUCCUGCAGGAGUACACCCUCCCUGCGGCGGUGCAGAGCACGCUGAGAUGGAAAACGGUGACGCUUUACCCCUUCCAGAUCCACAGCAUCUUCCUGUCGUCCUUCGCCUCCAUCAUCGGCCCGUUCGGCGGCUUCUUUGCCAGUGGCUUCAAGCGAGCCUUCAAAAUCAAAGACUUCGCCAACACCAUCCCGGGCCACGGCGGCAUCAUGGACCGCUUCGACUGCCAGUACCUGAUGGCCACGUUCACGCACGUCUACAUCGGCAGCUUCGUCAGAGGUCCAAAUCCCAGCAAAGUGCUGCAGCAGCUGCUGAUGCUCCAGCCAGAGCAGCAGCUCGGCAUUUUCCACACUCUGCACUCCCACCUGCAGGAGAGGGGUCUGCUCCCCCCGGCCGCCGUCCAGGCUGAGUGACCCCCCCCCCCCCCCCCCCAC